AUGCGUCGACGCGUCGCGAAUGUCUCGCGGCAUCUUAAUCUCAAUCUCGCGACGCGCGCGACGCGCGGACGGGCGAUCUGGACGGCUCGAGCGGAUCGAGACGACCGCGCGGAUGUCGCGGCGCGAACGGGGGGGCGGGACGCGGCGGGAGAGACGUCGGGGCGCGAGGGGGUGGAGGUGGACGCGGGGACGGCGGCGAGGCGGACGACGAACGGCGUGCGAGCGCCGUUCGAACCCUCGGGAGAUCAGCCGAGCGCGAUCGAGCGGUGCAAGGAGCUGCUGAGCGAUCGCGAUAGGAAGUUUGUGUGCCUGAGGGGGGCGACGGGGACCGGGAAGACGUACGUCGUGGCGAACGUGUUGGCGGCGCAGCGAAAGCCGGCGCUCGUGGUGGUGCCGAAUAAGACGCUCGCGGCGCAAGUCGCGCGCGAACUUCGGGCGUAUCUGGGCGAGAGUCACCGGGUGGAGCUGUUUGUGUCGCAUUUCUCGGUGUACGUGCCGGAGUCGUACUCCAAUGGGCGGUACACGGAGAAGCGAAGCGCGAUUGAUUCUGAUCUGGACGCGUUGCGGCAUCGAGCGACGCGAGCGCUCGUUGAACCUGGGAAGACGCCCGUCGUCGUCGCGAGCGUGAGUUGCCUGUAUGGUUUGGGGUUACCGACGGAUUACGUAGAUGCGGCGCUGACGAUCGAGAUCGGGGCCUCGGCGUCGACAUUCGGCAUCGACGGCGUCGAGGAUAAGCUUCGCGACGAUUUACUGUACGAGCGCGUGAUGCCGUACAUGGAUAUUGAGCGCGGUCAAUACAAAACUACCGCCGCACCUGACGACGACAACUGCUUCACCAUCACUAUUUGGCCGCCAUAUUUGGAAAGUGCGUUGGACGUACGAGUUCGAGGCGACGACGGCGUCGUCGUCGCGUGUGAAGCGCGCGGACGCCGGGUCGAUUUACCGCUCACGAUUUGGCCGCGCGUGCACUACAUCACCCCGGCCGAGCGCCUGCAACGCGCGCUCGUGAGCAUCAAGGCUGAACUGGACGAACAAACGAAGAAGCUUCGCGCCGAGGGGUGCGCGAUCGAGGCUGAUAGACUGGAGCAGAGAACCAACGCCGACUUGACCUUGCUGCGAGAGCUCGGUUGGUGCCCAGGCGCCGAGCACUACAGCCGUCAUUUACGCUGCGCAAAGCCCGAAGAGCCGCCGGUGACGCUUCUGGAUUACUUUUCAUACUCAGCGGACUCCCAAACGCGUCGCGACUGGUUAUUGGUCGCCGACGAAUCUCACGUCAUGCUGCCGCAACUUCGCGCGAUGCACGGCGGCGACAGAAGCCGUAAAACGGCGCUCGUGGGCGCCGGUUAUCGUCUGCCAUCGGCGUUGGACAAUCGUCCACUCAUGAGCGAAGAAUUCUGGCAGCGUGUCCCGCAGGCACUGCUCGUGAGCGCGACUCCGGGCGAUAUUGAGACGGAAUGGGUCGGCGGCAAGUCGAGCGAUGCCAUGGUUGACAUGGUCGUGCGACCGAGCGGCGUGCUCGAUCCGCCGGUGCACGUCGUAGGCAAAGAGAAUCAACUCGAAGCGUUGGCACAGCGAGUGAAUGAGAAAGCUAAGAUUGGCGAACGCUCGCUGGUGUGCGUGCUCACCAAGGCGGACACCGAGGAUCUGUCGAUGUACUUGAACGCGCACGGCGUGCGCGCCGAUUGGGUGCACUCAGAGCUCACUGCCCCGCAACGUGCCGAAAAACUGUCCAAGCUUCAACAAGGCGAACUAGAUUGUAUCGUGGGUGCGCAGCUUCUGCGCGAAGGCUUGGAUCUACCUUCAGUGUCGCUCGUCGCCAUUUUAGAUGCGGAUAUUCCUGGUUUCAUGCGAAGCGCGCGCUCGUUGAUGCAGAUGGCUGGCCGGGCGGCGCGGAACAAGAACGGCGAAUGCGUGCUCUUUGCGGAUUCCAUCACCGCCGCCAUGAAAGAGAUGAUGAAUGAGGUCGAUCGUCGUCGCGUGAAACAACACAAGCACAAUGUCGACAACAAUCUCGUUCCGGUGACGGCGACGUUGGGGUCUUCGACGUCGACGCUCUCUCUCUUCGACGUC